AUGGCGUACUCUCUUCUCACUUCUCUCAUCAUUUUCUGUCUCUUCUCCCUCUCCUCUUCUCUCCCAUCCCAAACAAUCCUCGACGCUGCAGAAAUCCUCUCUGAUUCGGGCUACGUCUCCAUGUCCCUCACCCUCGAACUCGUCUCUCAGACCCUACUUCCCAAAUCGCCGUCGGCCACCUUGUUCGCUGCUUCCGACGCCGCAUUUAUCGAAUCUGGUCAGCCUCCGCUCUCCCUACUCCAAUUCCAUUCCUCGCCCCUAGCUUUAUCUUUCGAAAGCCUCCGUUCGCUUCCCGUCGGAGCCAAGAUUCCGACGAUGUUCGCCAACCACUCAUUGAUAGUCACCAGCGCCGCUUCCGAUUCUCAAAUUUCGUUAAACAAUGUUAAUAUCACCUCGUCGCCUUUGUUCGAUGAUGGUUCUUUGAUCAUUUUUGGGGUGGAUAAGUUCUUCGAUCUGAAUUUCCCGGCUUUAGGCUUGACUCGAAGCCCUAGCCCUAAUACGGGAUGCACAGAUGAUGCAAUUGCUUCUUCAGGUGGUGAUUCUUUUGAUGAAGCAAGCGGAGUGUUAAGGUCCAGAGGAUACUCUGUGAUGGCUUCGUUUCUUGAUUUGCAAUUGCUAGGGUUUAGAGAUGGCACAAAGAUGACAGUUCUCGCCCCAGCUGAUGAAGUUAUGAUGGAUCGUGUUGGUAAUUUUAGCGACAUUUCAUCGUCAAUCUUUCUUCGGCAUGUUCUUCCAUGCAAGGUUUCAUGGUCUGAUCUGGUUAAUUUUGAUGAUGGGUCAAUGUUGCCGACAUCUUUGGAGGGCUUUACCAUUAACAUUACGAGAUCUGGUGAUACAUUGAAGCUGAACGAAGUUUCAGUUGCUUUUCCGGACAUGUAUCACAGUGAUUGGCUUGUUGUUCACGGUCUUGGGGAAGUUCUUACCUUGCUGGUGGGACCAGAACAAGCUGCAGACUCUUCGUCUGAAACUGGGGGAAGCAACACUAAUGAACAGACUGCAUUAGGCAACAGUGAAUUUUAA